AUGUCGAUUAAUAGCGUGAUCAAAUCACGUAUAAUGAACACUGCCGCAUCGAUGUCACUACGUCAGACGGAUCGUAAAGGAAAGAAGACAUUAAGAAUAGAGCAAGCCCUGAAAGAGAAAGAGAUGGGGAAUGCGUUCUUCAAGAAGGGAAAUUACACAAAGGCUAUCGACCAUUAUGGGAAGGCAAUGGAACUGGACCCCAAAGAAGCAGUCUUUGUCAUUAACCGCGCCAUGGCCUAUCUGAAGUUGAAAAAAUGGAUUGAGGCCGAAAAUGAUUGCACUCGGGGGCUGCUACUGCAUCCUGAUAACGUCAAAGCACUUUGGAGAAGGGGAAUCGCGAGAAGAGAAAUGGGAAAACUGGGGGAAGCCAAAAAAGGUGGAGGAUAUCUUGAAGAUGCAUUAAAGUUAGAGCCAAAUGAAGAUGCAAUCAACGAAGAAUAUUCCAGGGUCAUGGAUGCUCUUAAGAUGGUCAGGAAGGAUGAAAUAUUUAUAUGUGCAGCGUCUACUCCACCAACACCUCUCGAACCACAGGCGGAAGAAAAAGAAAUUCCGCGGGAUAUAUCAGCAUCCGAUACAGCUAAAACCAAUGCAGAUGGUAGUAUACCUCGAAGAAGGUUGACUGUCGAGGAGGUCGAAAUUGAUGAGGAUGAGCAUAUCAUCGAGUCAGCAAAAAAAUUGCAGAUAACAAAGAAAGAGGAGAACGAGUCAAAACAAGAAUUACCCGUAUCCACCAGAACCAUUCACCAAAAAAUCGAUAAACCCCGUACAAUGAUCGAGUUCGAACGCGAUUGGAACAGGUAUCAAAGUAACGACGAGGAGUUGUACAAUUUCAUCAAGGUCAUCCCGCCUGAUAACUAUUCGACGCUCUUUUCCGAAUUUUUUGGAGCAGAUCAUCUAUCUCGUAUCAUAGUCAUUUUAAAAGAUUUCUUCUUGACGCGCAACACUAAUUAUAAGUCAAAACUUAGCCGUGACUCUGUAAACGACGUAUAUGACAUAUUAUAUCAUUUGAGUCGUGUCGAAAGAUUCGAUAUAAUUUUGAUGUUCUUGGAAAAUAAGGAUAGACAAGUGCUGGAAGAAAUGUUUCGAACGCUAAUUGAAACAUCCAAGAAUCAACAAAAUGGAGACAAACAGAAAUUGACAAAUGUCUCGCUUCAGGAGGUGGUGAAUUUAACUAAAGCUUAUGGAAUUAAAGGUUUAUAA